AUGGCGUUUGCUGGGACAAAUAUUAGUUUGUCCCAGCCUGAUAUCACGCAGAAACUAACGGAGCGCAUAGAUGACCUGAAGCAAAAAAUCGCUGAUUGGGGGAAGCGGAUUCGACGAUUUAGCGAGAGGUCAAGGCGGUUCAACCAGAAUCGUCUCUUCCAGAGUGAUCAUAAGAGCCUCUAUAAAUCAUUGGAGCGACCAGAGGUAUGUGGAGCGGGCCCAGGACUGGAUCAGGCUGACACUGUCGCAUUUUGGCGUGGCCUGUGGUCAGAGCCCGUAAAUCACAGCGAGGGCCCUUGGAUGGAAGUUGUGGCGAGCCAGAGUGCAAGUGUUACGCCUAUGGACCCCGUCGCCAUAACGCCUGAAGACGUGGCUGAGGUGGUCCAGCUGGAGCCAUCUCUAUCCGACACUGAGCAAAACCUGGCAGACCGAGUUCGGUACAUCCUGCACUCCAACAUAUUUGGUGACGCCGAACUCGAACGACUACGACGUGAGGCUGUUCCCUCAUCGGAUGGAAAUGCUACGGCUGGGAAUGCGGCGCCACUAAUUGCGCAGCAAACUGCAAAUUUGGACGCUGCCGUCAAUAUUCCAUUUGUGGUUGAUUUAGACGAUGAUGGAAUAGUCCCUCGCGAACUAGAGAAAAUGAGGAGCAUAUUGGAAGAGUUGAUGCUGGAAACGCGCAGCAUGCUUCUCGAAAAUCGACCGCGCAUUCCCCGCAUACCCAUUAGCAAGCGAAAUCGGGCUAUCGUGCGGGCUCUUAACCCAAUGCUGAUGACCUAUUUGGAAGCCAACCGGGACCUUUGCGAGACGGACUCAAUUCUUUUUGGCGCCGCACUGGCAGUAUGCCGUAUUAUUGGCGCCAAACUUCCCGUGGCUGGACGUGCUACUCAAAAAAGUAGCGCCAUCCCAGCCUGGAGAAAAAGGAUCGAGGACCGUAUCGCAAAGGCAAGGUCCCUUAUCGGCGGACUGACAAACUUCAGGUCGGGUAAUAAUAGACGAAAAGUUGUGCGCACCGUUAGAAAGGCGUUUUCUGGGACAAAUUUUAAUUUGUCCCAGCUGGAUAUCACACAAAAACUAACGGAGCGCAUAGAUGACCUGAAGCAAAAAAUCGCUGCUUGGGGGAAGCGGAUUCGACGAUUUAGCGAGAAGUCAAGGCAGAUCAACCAGAAUUGUUUCUUCCAGAGUGAUCAGAGAAGGCUCUAUAAACCAUUGGAGCGACCAGAGUUAUGUGGAGCGGGCCCAGGACCGGAUCAGGCUGACACUGUCGCAUUUUGGCGUGGCCUGUGGUCAGAGCCCGUAAACCACAGCGAGGGCCCUUGGAUGAAAGUUGUGGCGAGCCAGAGUGCAAGUGUUACGCCUAUGGACCCCGUCAUCAUAACGCCUGAAGACGUGGCUGAGGCGGUCCGUAGGGCCCCGAACUGGAAAAGUCCGGGGCUCGACGAGCUGCAUCAUUACUGGCUGAAGGGGUUCGUAGUGUGUCACGCCGUGCUCGCCCGAUAG